AUGUCUACUCCAUGGGGGAAGAAGUCGUCAAAAGAUGGCCCCAAAACAAAGAUGCUUCGUUAUCUCGGAAACAACGAAAAACACCAAUUAGCAAUGUAUAUGCAGGGCCAUCAUCGCGGCACAACUCUCUCGUGUCAAUACUACUUACCCAUUAGACUAACGUUUGUCGAUGCUGAUCGGGAGCUGAAGAGCUUAGUCCGGACCGCUGUUGCUGCAGUGAUUUUAAAGCAUCCCAUUCUGCAAGUCGGCAUCGCGGGCGCAGAUACAAAGGCACCUCGGUUCGUCCAGUUAGACAGUCUUCAGUUGAGCAAUCACAUCGAAUGGAGACAUAUCCUAGACGACGAUCAAGGCCUGAACUUGUGUUAUUACAAUCUACUGGGUCCCGAGCUCGACGCCGAGUUUCACGAGCUGGAAAAGCGCCCAGGCUGGAGAGUCGUGAUCCAACGGUGCGAAUCAAAUCGUACUUUUGCAGUGAUGUUUGUCUUCAACCCUCCCCACAGCGACGGCGUGAGCGCGAAGAUCUUCCACCAGCAUUUACUAGAAGAGUUCAUCGCCCAAAUCGAAACCGGUACAGACGACAUAAAUCGGUUCAUAGACGGCGAUAUCCUAAAACUACCCUCGUCACCCCCAGAGCUCCCCCCACCAAUCGAGCAAGUCAUGAAACUCCCAGUCACGCCAAAACUCGCCCUCAAAAGCCUCUGGCACGAACUCAAACCACCCAUUUUCCGCCGAGAAGCUUCUCUAGCAAAAUGGGUACCGAUCCAAUUAACCCCCUACAAGACGCGACCCCGCGACUUUACCAUUUGGCUCGACAACGUCAACCUCAUCCGGGCAUCUUGUCGAGACCACAACACCACAGUAACCGGCCUCAUCCAAGCCCUGGUCCUCGUCUCACUCUCCUCGCGUCUGCACUCGACAGCCGCGAAAGCGUUCAAAAGCACCACGGCACUCAACCUCCGGCGCUGGAUGGGCUCCAAACCCGCAGGUAACCCGUGUCUCGAGCCCGAACAGACAAUGGCCAAUUACGCAACGCACAUGACGCACACCUUCGACGCGAAGCUCGUCAGCUCCAUCCGCGCGAGCCUCGCCACCGACGGCGACUCGAGCAGGGAAAAACCCAAGCCCCUCCCCCUCAACAUGCUAGACCAAGUCUGGAUCGUCGCGGCCCGCGCCCGGCGCGAUAUAGAAGAGAAACUGGACCUCGGGGCGAAGAACGAUCACGUGGGACUCAUGCGCUGCGUCCCGGGGCGACAGCGACGGAUGCGCGACGCGGAGCGCCGGCCAAGGGAGGUGUCCUGGUCCGUUGCGAAUCUGGGGGUGAUAGAUGGGGAGAUCGAAGGGAGGCCUGAGUCUAUUAAGUACGCGCAAUACACCAGCAGCGCGGAAGCGAGCGGGGCGGCGCUCGUGGUGUCGCUGGUGACGGUGAAGGAGACCGAGUUGUGUGUUACGAUGACUUGGCAGCAGUGCGCUAUGGACGAGAGGCUAGCGGCGCAUGUCUUAUAUGACAUGGAGGAAUGGUUGGGGCAGAUAGCAUCCAUAAAGCGCGGGCCCCCCAGAUGGCCGGCAGAUCUAGAGUUUAUCGAGUAUCCAACGGUUGUAUCAUAA